AGGAUAUGCAGCUCCACCCAUCAUGCCCAUAGUAGGUCGAGAGAGGGGAGGUUAUACUCCACCCAUGGGUUGUUCUUAAAAGUGACGUCCUAUUCGGCACCAGGAAAAUUCCGGAAAAAGGCAAAACAACAAAACUCAUGCGUUUUUGUUAAUGUCAUGUGUAUAGACAUUUGAAAACUUCUUCGAAAUUUUUUUUGCCUUUGUUCUUCUUUGGGAAAAGGAAAGAAUUCGUCCCGGAACGUUAUUUAGUUGUGGGAGCACAUGACAGAGCCGAGCCACAUCUGAGCCAUUGCAACAAGGACAGUAUACAGAUCAGAAAGGAGAGCAUGGCGCAGAGAGAGGGGAACGUUGGAGAACCUCGAGCCGGGAAUCAAUCUCAGGUUGCCAGAGGUGGAGCACUGUUCACGAGACUAUUAGCUUCGACCAUGAAGAUUUGUUUGAUUCUUGUGCUAUUUCUAAAUGGCACUUCUUCUGUUUCUGUGAUGCUGAAUCACCCAAUUUCACUUCCAUGUGGCCAUGGUGAAAAAGUUGUGUGGCGCAAGGUCAUCCCCAUCAACGCAAAUGUUGCUGAAUGCCAAAAUGAGAAAUGUGUUGUAAACGAAAGUUUUAGGCAAAGAUUUGCAGUCAUGCAUGAAAAAAAUUACACUCUAUUUCUCAAGUCAGCAAAAUACAAUGACCAGGGGCAAUAUGUGUGCAGUCGUGAUGGCAUUGACAAGCAUUUUAAACUGGAAGUUGUCGUUCCUAUAAAUCUGACAGCUGUUGAGUCAGAAAAUAUCACUCUUCCAUGUUAUGCGGAUACUCAAAGCAAUGUCAGAGAUGUGACGUGGCUCCAUGAUGAGCAAAAAAUUCUGCACUACAGUACAAAUGGAGGCACAAACCCAAGCAACGGCUAUAAGGACAGAGUAUUGUUGACAGAGGAUGGUUUCAGAGAUGGUGAUAUCUCUCUGACUAUCAUGGAUGUCCAAAAGACAGACGAGGGAUUAUAUCGCUGCUUAGUUCAUGAUGAAACAGCUAAAGGAUACCCGCAUGCAUACAUGUUGCAUGUGAAAGAAAACCCCAUCAAUGCAGGAGGAAACCAAACAGAGGGCAACACCAAUGAAAAACGAAUUCGGAUUGGACUGAUCUUUACUCUCUUGCUCAUCAUUCCCUUUUUUGUCUUUCUUUUAUGCUGUAAGAAGACGACAACACCCGUAGCAGAAAGUCAGUCAACUACAGACAGUGAGCCUAUACAGGAGAGUGACCAAAAGCAGUCAACUCGGCCUUUUUAUUCUGGAGGCAACACUCACGUACUACAAAACCUGGGGAUGAUUUCUCAUAAUGACAAUUUUAAUAAUGAAACCACUGACUCCAUUGAAACAUCAAUGUGACUGUUAGAAUUGUCAUUAAUCUAAAAGGCAGCUGACACAGAACCCUGCAUAAACAGGAAAUAUGAAAACUGCCAUUAUGGGAUUUGUUCUAGCCAACAUUGUUGUGUCCGUUGUAUGAGUUUGACUCUGUGCUGGCUUUACACACUUGCCCUUAGGAUGGAGAAACACACAAAAAGUGGAUAGACAACAUUCAAUGUGAGACUUUUAACAUCACUUCUCAUACAAGUGAUCAGUCCAUCGACACCUAAAGGGAAUUCCUUGCUUGUGAUAGAUGAAUUUGCAGUUAUUUAUACAAAUGUUGAUAAUCAAUGGAGCACUCAUAAAUGCAGUAUUGGUUAGUUCAGGUGCUAAAAAACAUCACAAAGUUGCAGUUUGAUCUUGAUCCCUGUCUUAUGUUGUUAAAUGAUGAUUCUUCUUAUAAGUUUACAUUAGUUCAGAGAAGACUGUUAAUGUCUGGCUUCACUGCUGCUAAAAAAACAAUUUUACAUUUGCUUUUCCUGAAAACAUGAACACACUGGAUAGCUGCUUAAUAGUAGAAAAUGAAGUUGUGCUUCUGAUGAAAUGAGGCACUGACACUGUUUUUCAUGUUUGAAACUGUAAAGCUGCUUGUUUUUAAGCAAUCUAUUGAAUAAUAUGCCAUAUAUAUAAACGUGACGUGACUUUACUGGAGUGCUAAUUUGCAGAGCUUGUGUUAACAUAUCCAUGUUGUUGUGAUCAGAUGCUUUUCUGAUGCUUUCUAUUUAAAAAAAAAAAAAAAAGCUUGCUGUUUUCUCA